AUGACCAGAUUUAGCCUCAUUUUGACAUUCUUGGUCGUAAUUGCGAUUGCCGCGGCCGACAAACAUAAAAUCUUCUACAAGAGCUUACAACAAGCGGCAUACGAAUGUGACCGUUACGAUGGCUCAGGUCAUUGCCAUGUUCGUUGCACGACACUUGUAACGCGCGACUGGAACGACAGGGUUGGGCUGUCCUCAGCAUACGAUCGCUAUUUCCAACCGGACCCCAACGAUCAGUGCAAUGUCAACCGUACGCAGGCGUGUCUCCGUACCAAAGUUUUCACUAUUCCUCCACCGAGUCCAUGCGAGCGGGCGUCCGAGUCGGUGAAGUGCUAUCUGGACCAAUUUGGAGAGAUCAACACGACAGCGGCACAGUUUGUUCGGUUCACCAGCGUUCAGGAUAGGCAGAUUGUGCUGGAAUGCGCCGCCAUAUUGGGCUAUUCCAUGGACCAGUUGGAUAAGUUACUGAGGGACUGGGAAUUCAAGCGUAUGGAAACAAGAUGUUUGUACAGGUGCUUCCUGAUCAGAUCGGGACUGUACAGCGAUGCCGAUGGGCUCGCUAUGCCGCGGUUGUACGUCAUGUGUGGUGGAUAUGAGGAAAGUUUCUAUCAGCGUGUGGAGCAAUGUGUGGCCAAAGUCCGACAGGAAGUCCCAUGCGAUGACAAAUGCACAUUGGCACAACGGAUGGCUAUCGAAUGCAUCGGAGCUGACUAUCAAGUUGGGGACAUUGGGAAAGUCUCGAUAAAUCGCGCUGUGGAUGGGGCAAGAAUUAACAAUAUUAAUUUAAGCACAGUCAAUUCAGCAAUCAAUGCAUCUAACACGGAAACGAGAAAUACUUUAAACAUUAUUAAAGAUAAUUCAGACACUGUAAAUUAUGGCGACGUUAAUACAUUUGAUGCAUUAUAA